GACGUACCGUUUCGCGGCAUCUUUUUCUCACACAUAUAUAUAUCUGAGCUGAGCCGACAUUACAAUUAUCUUGAAAGAAAAGGUCUCCAAAUUUAUUUCAUCAGAACAAGUCAAAGUUUGAAGAGUCAAAAUGGAGCUGGCAGACAGGAAGACCAUCAAGCGGAACAUGGUGUCACUGUCAAAUGAUAUGGACUUCAAAAGUGUGUCAGUUGCCCUGCUUGCCCGGGAUAUCUUUGAAAAACAUCACAUUCAGCGAUAUGAGUCUAAGUCGUCUGAGAGAGACCAAAAUCUGGCACUCCUGAUGGACAUAGAUACAAGAGGUCCUAGGGCAUUCGUCAGCCUGAUUGAGGCCUUGGUCGAGGCAAACCAAGUAAAUUUGGCCCAGUUGCUAGGGUACCCAGCAGGAGGAAAUGCACCAGGUCAGAUGGGCCAGGCACAGGCUUCAACACCCCAUCACAACAUACCUGGUCCCUUUGGUCAACCUACCCAGCAGCAGGCACCUCAAGCGUGGCCUCCCCGAGACAGCUCUGGUGACUACAGCACAACUCAAAUGGAUGCUUUAUCUUCUUAUCCACAAUCUAUGGUGGAUAAUGAUAAUGUGUACAAAAUGAAAUCCAGACCGAGAGGGAUAGCGCUCAUCAUAAACAACAAAACAUUUAAAACUAUGAAGAAGAGAUCAGGAACUGACGUAGAUAGUCGUAAUUUACAGAAUGUCUUCAAGCAGCUGGGAUUCAAUGUAGUUGUACAUAAUGACCUCAAAGGACGGGAGAUUCAAGGAAUGAUUGAUCAACUGAGGAGACACAACCACACCGGGUUCGACUGUUUCAUCUUCGCCAUACUCACCCAUGGGAUAGAGGGCGCUGUUUAUGGGACUGAUGAGUACCUUGUGAAGAUCGAAGACAUCGUGAGUCAGUUUGGUUCCGAUCGUUGCCCAACGUUGAAUGGAAAGCCCAAGUUGUUCUUCCUACAGGCAUGUCGAGGAGAGAGAUUUGAUGGUGGUGUAGAAGCAACCGAUGGCAUUGCGGUACCUGCAUCUGCUGCUGCCGGUGCAGGAGAUAACAAUCAAGCCACAGCACACGUUGACUCACAGUUAGAUGAUGAAACCCUCGCCAAUUUGAUGAUCAAAAUGGAGCUAGAUCACACUGAUAGCUUCGCAUCAAGUCGAAGUAAGGUCCCGAGUCAGAGCGACAUGCUACUUGCAUAUGCAACCGUGCCAGGAUUUGUGUCAUGGAGAAAUUCCGAGAGAGGGAGCUGGUUUAUUCAAGCAUUGACGGAGGUUUUCAUGCAGCACGCCAGAGACGAAGAUCUCCUAUCUAUGAUCACCAUGAUCAAUGGCAAAGUAGCAAGAGCGUUCGAGUCUUCCUCUGGUAGACACAAGCAGAUGCCAGCCCCUGUUGUUAUGCUAACCAAGAAACUAUUCUUCUGUCCAGGCCAUUUUGAUUAAAGCCCUGCUCACUCCAUGGAAUAAUCUGCCUCAAAAACUCUGAAUUAGGAGCUGUGUGGCAUUAUGAGUAUGACCCUGUUCACACAAGUUAUGUUAAACCAGUUCAAAUUCAAUGUGAAUGGGUAGUUAAUAGCAUUAUGAGUAAUGCCCCGUUCACAUUAUGUAUGAUAAACCGACUCAAAACCAAUGUGGACAGGCAGUGAAUGGGCAAUUUUAUUGCUUUAUGAGUAGUGCCACGUUCACAUAAGAUGUGAUAAGCUGGCUCAAAUAUUGUGUGUGAAUGGCAAUAGAUGGUGAGUUUUUGUGGCAGGGAACGGCCUUUGAAUAUUUAGCAUUGCACAGCAAUGUCCCACAUUUGUACUAUUUGACCCAUGAUUUUUAUAAUGCAGCAUUAUGACUUACAUUCUUCUUUUGUAUUGUUUGAUUUGAGAUCCAUAUAUUAUAUAAUAUAGGAUUUCGCUAAGUGGUUAUAAUAUCCCUAAAGAGGAUGAAAUACUCUAUUAUAUGGUUUCUUUCUUUUAAAUCUUUAGCAAGAGCUUUACUUAUAUAUGGGUUUGGUUAAAGCCUUUUAUGAUGUAGGUUAUGUGUUACUCAAGAGGAAUGUAUUUUCUCUAUGGAAUGGAUUCCUUAUGAUUUAAGACGUAUCUCUGGCUCUCCAUAAAAUGGAGACCCACUAGGUUUUGGUGUACAGUGUAAUCAUCAUACUCUUCUGAUAGAUGGUAUCCACAAUUCUGAAAUGAUAAAUUAUUUUUGUUGUGAUGUCAUCGCUUUAGUACAAAUUUUAUGAAGCAUAUUCUCAAGUUAUAUUAUUUUGUGUGAUGAUAGAUAGACUUCUGAAUGGAAGAAAUCUGCUUUGCCAAAUUCAUUUAGACACGGAGGGUGUUGUAAGAAUUACUUUGCAAUCGAUUGAAAUUUUCAUCUGCAAUUAAUAGAUCACUCUUUACUAUAGCAUAUAGCAUAUGCUGUAUGCAAAUGAAAAGACAGAAAAUUGAUUGCAAAUAUGUCAUAUUUCGAGAAUUGUGAAUGAUUUUGGACCUAAUUUUAGACUUGCGAUCUAUGUCAGGUUUCAUGUAACACCCCUUUUUGAACUGUGCCAUGUGACUUCUUAUGUUAAUAUUUGUGUACUUGUAUAACUUAAUCGUAUUAGAAGGGAGGAGGAUGAUGCUUAUAGAAGAAUGAACAGUCAACUAGUAUACAUACAGCAGACAAAUCUGUAGAUAAAUUAUGUAUGGUUCUUUGGUAAUAGAGCAUUUCUGCCUUUGAUAUGCUUGAAUAUUCACUGCCAAAGUGAUCAAGUUGCUUUAGCGAUCUUUUGUUGUUUCGGAAUAUCUUGCAAAAAGGCAAACAAUUUGUCUGAACACAAACCAAGAGCUACACAAAGGUGGUUUUGAAAACCAUCAGUUGAACCCAUGGUUUAUUCAGAUUUCCUGUAUAAAUUAUGCAUAGUUAUUGCAUAUAUUAAAAUUGUCCAUUGCUGAUGCACACUUUUUGCGAAAUUGAAGCCUGUUGCCAUGGUUAAGUAUGCUAUAUCAUUCAUUAGUCCACUUUUCAAACAGUGGACUCAUGAAUAAUAUAGUGUAAAUAAUUUAUACAGGAAAUCUGCAUAAAACAUGGGUUUAACCUAUGGUUUUCAAAACCACCUUUUUGCAUUCAGGCCAAAGGCUCUUCAGAUCUGGCAAGACAAAUGGGGUGUUGCAAGAAAAUAUUUGCAAUCAAAUGGAAGUUUCCGUUUACAAAUUUACAAUCGAUAGAUCAAAUCUAGCUAUUCGUCUUUAGUAUAGAAAAUUAAUUUGAACUCUCUGUUGAAAAAAACCCAGACUAGCAACUAACUGCAAGGUUUAUGAUUCAUUUUGGGACCCCGAAUUGACUUGCGAUCGAUUGCAAGUGUCUAACAAUACCCAUAUUUUCAAUCAUAUAUUGUGUAGAAAGUCAAAGGAUAUUAGGUGACAAAAGCAGUAUCUUAGAGGCUGAGGACAUUCUUUUUUGUCGCCAAGCUUCGAAAAGCUGUGUACCAAUCAAACUCUGAAAGUUAUCACAGAUUAUGAUGUAAUGAGUUCUUCCGAACAACUUUGCACUGGUGUGGUAUUUAUUUGAAAUUGAUAAUAGGGUGGUCAUGUUGUAAUGCAAUUAGAAAAGCUGCUUAAUUGCUUGUUUGAUAAUUGAGCUUGGUUGUGGUUGUAUGAAUAUUGAUACAAUCUGUGCCCCCCUUUUACAUUAAAGAAGCAAUCAAUUCUACAAUUAAUCACAAUUGCAACUCUAUGUCAAACCAUGUAUAACAAGUUACAAUUGAUUGAAAAUAUUUGUUUCUCAUGGCUUUUACCCCAUAGUGAAUGGGUGAUUUCAAUUUCAGUGUUGACCUUUUGGUGUUGGUGUAAGGUCAACUUUUACAUGAUUAUAACACCAAACAAAAAUGAAGAUGGUCCCCAAAAGUCACUCACUAGUUGUUGAGAUGUCAAUAAUGAUCUGGAUCCGUUUUACAAACUCUGAAUAAGUUUUGGAGCUAGGGGAAGCAAUCCAAAUUUCAACACAAACAUCAAGGGUGGCACCGUACUUGAAAUCACCCAGUGUGUUCAGGAAGUGUCGAAAAUCAUGGUAUAUGUGAAUUGGGUUAAAAAUGAUGAAUACAAAUACAAGGUGGACUUCCCCUUUAAUGGUUUUUUUUCCCCUUUCAUUAUGUAUUUUGGAGCAGAUCUAUAUGAUUCUUUAAAUAGUGGACGAUGCUAUUCUAAAUUUUUAAAUGAAAAAAUAAAAUCUUUCAUUAUAUUGAUUAAAUAAAUUGAAUUGAGGCCUUUAACAUUAUACAAAUAAUACAGACUAUGAGGCUAUUAAGAAUUGUACACUCAAGGUUCCUCUCAAAAAAGCUCUAACACAUUUAGAUUGUUUCAAAGGGAACAAGUGUAUAUAAUUAUUAGAAUUCCCAAUCAAAAUGAUAUGUAUUAUAUGUUUUAGAAGAUUGUGAUGUGGGCCUUGUUUGAGAAACUAAAAGUUAUCUCAAAACCAUGUAUGGUCAAUCAAAUUUGUCAUUAGUAGCUUAAAUAAAUGACUGGUCGUAUCUCAGCCAAUCAUUUUAUUUGGAUCAAUGUCGCCAUUUUAUAAAUCCUUGUGAUAUGUUUUUUCUAGGGCUUUUAAGGCCUGUGAUCUGGAUGGGUGGGAUAUUCAAUAAAGAAAUCAACAAAACGAAACUCUAAAUAUUAGACCCAAAACAUCUACUUAAAAUUUAGUGAGGCAUGGCUUGCUUUUUCCUUAGCCCUAUUGUAUUAAAUAAAAGAAUUUCAUGCAAUGUUAUUGCAACCAUCCAGUUUUCCAUUACCUCAAUCCAUUCUUGACCAAUAUUUUGCUUUCUGUAUUUAGCGUUUAUAGCUCAAUAAAUUGAUGCAUGUCAUGUUAUUGAUCUUGUACUAUAAAAUGGUAAAAUUUCCCGGGAAUUAUAUGUACAUGUAUAAUGUUGAAAUUUCAGAAAUUAUUUGUCUUAAAUAAAGUACUACUGUGAUUACAUAUGUAUAUUAUUAAUGUGUUAUAAAGGAUUCAGAAGAAUUUUUGUUUGUGCAACAAUGGUUGGUUUUGUAAACAAAUACAUGUAGUUUGAGAAAAAAAUGAUACAUUACACAUGUAGAGAGCCAAUAGUAAUUCAAAAUGUUAUAAGCUGAUUCUGAAGGGUUUGUUUUUGGUAACGAUGCUUGGUUUUGUAAAACAAUACAAUGCGCGUUGUUUUAGAGAAGAAAAAAAAUGUCAACAUAAUUAGGCCAAUGGUAUCUGAAAACAAAAUGUUAUAAAAUGACAAGAUAUGUUUUCAAAUUUGAUAGGUUACACUAUGCCUUUUGAACCAGGGGGUUAAAUGUCCUUGUACAUCAUCUUGAAAUGCCAGAAAUACCUGAAAAACUGUCUUUUUCAGAAACUGAAGCGUAAGAAAUUCUGUAUUCAGACUGAAAAAAAAGGCCCAUGAAAAUCUGAAGUGUGAAAGAAAAAAUACGUAAACAUGAGACAAUUGAAUCUUCAGAAGAAAGUGUUCAAUUUAAAGGUAUUUGCUAACAUUGAUUUGACUUUUAAAAAAUCUGAGCUGCGAGGUCCCACUUGUCACCUGCACCUGUGAUAUGUUACAAAAAUGAAGCCCAGAAAAAAUCGCGUCCGAAAAUCAUUAAGUGCUUCAAAAAAGUGAAAUAUAAAGUGACCGGAAAUACCAUCUUAAUUUCAUCCAUACACUUAUGUGUGCUCUUAUUAUCGGCACGAUAGAAAUUACACAAAACCAUCAAUUAUAACGUAUAUCGAAAGGAUUUCUUUCGAUUUUUUUUGUUGUUUUAGAGUUUUUAGGUUGACAGAAAGGCAUUCAUGUACAUAUUUCAUCUCUCCUUUGAUAUUUUUUAAAUUACAUGUCUACAACGUUAGCAUAUGCCUUUAAUACAGGGACUCACUAUUACAGGUAUUAACAAAAUAGCUAUGGGGACUGAUGUGAUAAGGGUUGCAAACGCAACUUGGUUUUCAACAAAUCAUGAACAUUUGUGUCCGACAAGUUGUCAGAUCCGACAACUUUCCUUGAUUUUGAUUGGCUUAGAAGCAAUGUUACUAUGGAAUCUGUCCGAUAAAAUGGGACUUGUCAGAUAUAACGUCUGACAAGUCCUUUUAUGAAACGCUCAACUUAUUUAUCUUUAUAUUUUGUUAAUAAGUUGCGUUUAAAUUGAAACUAUUUGUGCAGCAAGCCCAAUAGUUAGUGGUGGAUAUCAGACUUAGAGUUGCACUCAAAUGCCGAGGCGUAUAUGAUAUGUAACGUGAAAUCUUAUUAAUACGCAGUAGUGCGCGUCCUCUUAGCUGAUCUGACCAAUGCGGUCAUGCCUUUUAUAAUGCACUCAACCAGGUAUUUAAGUGCGACUGCAGGGCUCCGUAACACAAAGGUUUGCGAUGAAUUGCAAAUAUGAAAGAACCGCACUGAUCGGUUCCUGGUCAGUAUUUUAAACCUAAUGCGCGUGUAACAUUGAUAUUGAUUAGUCAGUUCAUUUAGCGAUUGAUCGCUAAUCUUUGUGUUACGGAGCCCAGGUCAUACAUCAUUGUGAAAUACCCCCCAUCUUAAAUUUGACUCCUUUUCAGAAAGUGAUUUCAGUGAUGUUGUACACUACAGUGUGACAUUUCCUCCAAUCAACCCUUGUCUCUCCUCAGUCACAUCAAUGAAACAGACUCCAAACCGACCAAUGGUAUGCCAUUGGUAAUAACGUAAUAGCUUUGAUUGGUCUGGAGUUGGUUUCAUUGGUGUAAUCGUAACAUUAUAGAUUAUGGCCCGUAUUCUGAAGUCGGGUUUAACUUAAACUCAGGUUUAAAGUUGUGGUUUAAGUAUGGACAGCCAAUUGUUACAUAAAUCACUAACAGUAGAGAUAUCAUAAUUUAGCUCAAUUGGCUCUCAAAUCAUUCAUAAUUGUCUCGGAAGUAUAAAUAGAGUGAUCGUCUUCACCAUCGAUGAAUCAGGAAAGAGCACAGUAAACAUAAGAAACAUACAACUUAAUAAAAAUUUUGAGACUUUUGGCUUCCCAUAAUUUUAGCACAGAGUUAGACCAUGGUCUAAGUUAAACCUGACUUCAAAAUAGGGGCCAAUAUGUUUAGUUUGUAAUUCUGGAUGUACUUGGAUUCACAAGUCUUUCCUACUGUUUGCAACUAUUGUGAUCAUGUACAAAAUAUAUUGUAACCAAACGGUUGCAAACUAUUUGUGAAAGCCCCUUUACAGAAUUUGUCCUAUGACAGAGGAAACAUCGACAUGUUAUAUCUUGUAAUUAUGUGCCAUGUAAAAUCGACUCUUUACAGUUUUUAAACUUAUUUUGAACUGUGAAAUUUUACAUUAAAAAGAUUUAUGAGAAGGUA